AAUUUUCCAGAUGUAGUUCUUCUGUGUUUGAAUAGACUAGCUCUUUGGCAUCAAUAAGCCUUGGAGCUCUGCUGAAAAGAAACCUCCUUUCUCACCUUCACUUUGAGGGAUUUUUUCCUGGAAGCCAUGGAGCUUUCAGCUAGCGAACCCAGCAUUUAUGAUAAGCUAUCGGAGACCAUCGACCUGGUGAGACAGACUGGAUACCAAUGUGGAAUGUCAGAAAAAGCUAUUGAGAAGUUUGUCAAGCAGCUCUUGGAGAAAAAUGAGCCGCAAAGGGGACCCCCACGGUACCCUCAUUUGAUGGGUCUUUGCAAGGGCCUGCUCAUCCUGGGGCUAGUCUUGCUAAUUGUGUACUUCAUAAUCCAGCCAUAUACCCCUUUGCCACCUGAAACCACUCUCUCCAGAGCCCAAGCCUGGGGCUCCCUCAUCGUUCAUAUCCGGCUCCUGUCUUUGCCCAUUGCCAAGAAGUACAUGCUGGAGAAGUGCCAUGACUGGUGGGGACUCGCUUGCAGACACAAUGGCUCUAAAGUUCCUCCUGACUGCAUUUGCUGUUCUGCUGUAGACAAUCUCCAGAUAAUGAAUGACCUGGGACAGUUACCAGAGAAACUCCACAAGUGUCAGCCUCUCCUAAUCAAGACAGGGCAGUAUCUGUCAUAUGAAGACCUGAAGCAUUUUCAGUCCCAGUACCCAGAAUUGGCAGAGGUUACAGUAGAAGAAAAUGCAGCCGACCUGUGGAGCUGCCAUCCAAGGGAUGAGUUCCCUUUUGUCUUCCCUCGGAACAAAACUCAGAUUCUCCAGGAACUCUUUCCUGCCUUCUCCCUGCUGCCCUUCCUCCAGGCAGUCUCCCUAGAAAGCUGCUUUCUCAUCCACCAUCCAGAGUUACAGAAUAAGACCCACAGACUGCACAGUGUGUUUGCUGUCGGAAAUGGCCAGUUGACCUUGAGCAUCAUGCCUUCUGACAAGUGCAGAGAACACUGCAAGACACUGAAGGUGGAGCUAGAAGCUGGGGAUUUUGGCUAUGCUAGCGAGGAGCACUGGACACUGAGCUUUCACUCCAAAGGAGCAGAACCUGUUGUGGUUUGCGAUGGAUCCACUAGCUAAGAGCUGUGGGGGUAAUGAAGCUUGCUUCAGUGCAGGGACAUUGCAGUGCUGGGGACAAAGAGACUGUGUAUAAACACGCUAAGGCUGGUGCAGCUGAAAUGUCAAAGGCAGGUUUGCCAACCUACACAUUUACAGCGCAGGGGACCUUGCACUUAAAAUAACUGUAUUCCUGACUUCCGAGGUAGUGUUUGCCUUUUCUCAGAGAUGCCUUGGAGAAACUAGAGCUGAAAUGAUCUGACCCUCAGGUAAGCCAUGGAUUUGCACUGCAGGUGUUUCCCUGAGAGCAAGCACGGGGGUUUCUCAGGACGAGACUUGCCUUGUGUCACUUGUGAAUAUCAUGCUUUUGAAAUUUCACAGGGAGCUGCAGACUGGAAGAAAAUUGUGAAUAAAAGUCUUCAUCCCAAAGGGGUAAUUUGGGGCCUGCUAAGGGGGUUGGUUUGCCACAGAGACAAAUUACUGAAAAAUGUCAUGUGCUUUCCCCCUCGUAACACUUAGGUGGUUAGCCAUGCUAGCCUGAAGUCACGGUGGCACUUUGGUUCAGAGACAUGAGCUUUCAUAGGCGACAGCCUACUUCAUCAAGUGCCUACACCUGACCAAGUGAAUUGUUGCCUCCAAAAGUUCAAGUCUCUCUGAGCCAGUCUCUGAGGUGCCACCCUGCCCUGCUUUUUGCCCCUUACAACAUGCAUCACUACGUGCCCCAGAAAGAUAAUAAUGUAACCCCCCUCCCCCCCAACCCAGUUUGGGCUCUGUGCCACAGAGACAAAACAAGCCUUCCAGCCUGGGUUCAGAGACUGCCACCCAGCAGCAUUCCUCUGCCAAGUGAAUCUGUCUAGCCACUGACUCCUCUUAUCUGGCUGCAAAUGCUCUUCUGCAUUUUCCCCAACAGCAGUGGCUGAAUCCAGUGAAUGGUCACUAUAUUUUCCCUGUGUCCAGAAUGGUUGGCAGGAAUGGGGCAGUUGUGACUCUGAGGGUAUGGCGGCUUUGGGUGGAGCCCAUCUUCGGUGCAGGGAAGUGCUGCAUGAGGUUCUCCUGCCAGGUCUUCGCAUCAGAUCCGCUCUCCUGCUAGUUUCUCUGCUGAGUCCAGUCUCGCUUUGACCCCUCUGUUCAGUGACGGGAGAUUUUGAGUCACAAACUUGGGAACUCAAAAUCCUCAAAAAAAUAAAUAUGUCACCCUCCUGCCAAGCCCCUUUAAAGUGUCCUAAGAUGGCUUCCUAAAGCCAUUAUAGUCUUCUCUUGAAAAUUUGGCUCCAGUCUAACAGUGGCCAAGGAAGCCUUAAUCACAGACUUUGCUUGGGUAUCACACUGCACUUGUUUGGGAAGUGCUGAUGCAAUUUCCCUGGCAAGUGUAGGCAGGAUUUGAAGGAGGGCAGCCUCUUAGGGUUUGCUUUAUCUGAAAGGUCCUUCUUCCCGUGUCGUUUUUGUAUUGCCUUCUGUACCUCAGUGCUCCAUUUCCCUCCAGAAUGACCGUUGAUAUUUUUCCUGAGUCCCUUCCAAGGUGCCUCUACAUGUUUCCUGUUGCUUGUGCGCUCCUUUGUCCAGUGCCUUAAGAGAGGAUCGGUUUCAGCAUGUGCAGGCUGCUGGUGCAGCGGUUCCUCCCAAGUCUGAUCCUCUGGGUCUGUGUUUCUGCUGUGGAAGAUCACUUACAGAUGUGUCAGACUGAAGUCAGAGUCCAGGGCUGUGGUUCAGGACAUAAACUCAUGCUCGUUAAUGCAGGAUGCGUGGAGUUAUGGUGUUUACGUUUGAAAGCAAGUUAAUCAUGUUAGGAGAAGCGAGACUCUCUUCAUUUGUAAAUAUUUUUAGGUCUGUUUAAACUAACGGACUGGGAAGAUUUCUCUCCAUCCCUUGCCGGUUUUUAGCAAGAGGCGAGAAACAAAGGGUGCACAUAUUUAUUAUUUGUCACGAUGAUGAUCAAAAGACCUAGACAGGUUCAGUGCCUCAUUUUGAUCCCUGUUCAGUAAUCAGCACAGAGAAAGACAGCUCCAAAAAAUAUUCAGUCUGAGGGUUUGAUCCUACUGACAUUGUGCAUAUGCAUCACUCGAGUUACUGCUGCUGAGUCUGGUGAGACUAAUGUGUGUCUGUGCUUGCAGGAUUGGCUCCUAAACAGACACACAGCAUAAGCAGAAUAGAACAUAAAGGGGGAUGUUCAUGCACUGUAAAGGGCCAACUUAAUUGGCAGCAAAGUGUCACCUGGAGUUAGGUUAGUAAAACUUCCAGUAUUUCGGGUUUUGGUGUGGUUUAGCCUAAUGAUUUUAUAUGCAUUGUUGUAUCCAUAGAUGCCCCGCUUUAGCUCUGGAUUCUACGGAGUUAAUGGGAAUUUUACCCUGCACUUUAAUAACAGCAGGACCAGGCAUUAGAAACAUGAACUAGUGACUUGCUACUUCUACUUUGGCAGCUUCUCAAGUCAAGCUCGGAGGCUAACGAGGUUACCUCAGUCACUCGGCUUUUCUGUGCCUAGUCCCAUUUAUAUAAAGUUUUAAAUGGGAGAUGCAUGCAGCGAAUAUAGUGGACCGGGUGUUAAGAGUGUGGGUGGGUUAGUGAUAAUGUUGUUUCUAAGUGUCCUUGAAUGUAACUUGCAGGAAGUUGCAGAGACAGUUCUCAGUUGUGGUUGAAAUGGCUGUGUUUUGUGGACCACAUCAGUGCAGCUCCCUGGCUGCUUUUUGGAAGGAGGGGAGAUCAGUUGAUCGAUAGUACAAUCAGGUUUCUGGCUCUCUAGCAAGAAGUAGAUUUUGAAGCCAGUGUGUGCCUGCUAGAAGGGCUUUCCUGCCAAUGGCUUCUCCCCAGUACAGAGAGGUCCUAGCAGAGCAUUUGCAGCUGGUUGGACAGAAGAUGGUAAAUCUGUCCUGAUUGCAGAUUCACUUUCCAAGUGCAAUUUAUGGGCUCUGCAUGAGUUUCCAGAUCUGUGUCUGAGCGAUUGCACUGCAUACGUCCCAGCCUCUCUCCCCUUGGAGCUUACAUCAUUUGUUUUUGAACUCGAAGUAUUUUUUUCUUGUCCUCUUCCGAGAGCUAUAAGGAAUUAAAGGCAGCAUUAACUGCUGAACUAGAACAGGAGGACCUGAGUCUACUAAUCUUUUUUCCCCCCCGCACUUAAGAAUCAGAUUUGGUGCUGUGUGAACCAGUGCCAAGCCCUGAUCUGUAGCCAGAUUUCAAGCCUACCCUUGUCCUGAGCAGCUGGGCAAACAGCAUAACAUCUUUAAUGUGGCCUUAGCUGUCAGGGUUUGAGCUCUUGGUCAAAUAAUACUGAGAUUGAGAUUGUGUGCGCCAAAGUGAAACGUCAGCUCCUGCCGCCGACCCGUGCUGUCCAGGCUAGAGAGGUGAAAGGCUGCAGGCAAGUCCAGUCCCUCUCUCCCCUGCUGAUUUUGUGUUUUGAGGUUACAACUUCACACAGCCGCCCAAGAAAGCCAUUUCCAAAGGCUGUGGCAGGCUGGGUUGUGACCUAGGACCUGACAGAAAACAUGUUUAAACCUUGUCCCUGCCAGCCACUUCCCAGGGAUCAAUGGAGGCUGUAACAGAAUGGCCAUCCUCUCGGGUAACAGAGCCACCUUAGCAGUGAACGUGGCUGGAUCAGUUCAUUGACGCUGUAUAUUCUGUUGUGUGUUUCUACCACCUCAAACAUCACCUGGGUAUUUGUGGGCCCUGUUCCCUUCCCAGUGUCUUGAGACAAUCUCUGUGUGCACCAAGUUUCCUUGUGUUGUCUCUCCUUCACUGGCUUCUUCAAGGUGCCUGUUAACACCUUCCACGCAGAUUCACCGCCCCCCCUGAAAUUCUCUGCCAGCUUCGGUGCCAGCCCGGAGCUGGACAUGUGAUCACUGAAAUGCCAGGGACUUGCGACCUGCUGUGAAAAUCCACCAGCUGAAGCACAAAGCUGACUCCCUAACCCAUUACCCUAAUGGUCCAGGGUAACAGAAUAUUUUGCUUGCCAGUGUGGGAAGAUCACCUGCUCCAGGUGAGUCAGUAGGGAGCAUCUUGCAGAGGUUGGAUUAAGGCCGACCUCUGGUAACAGAAGACACUGAUGAUCCCUCCGUCCCUGGUUUCUGAACUCAGGAUCAUCGAAGGCAGGAGAAAAGGAAUCUUGUUACCAUUCUUUCAACACCAGGAAAUGUUCCAGCUUCCUCCGGGGCACUGGGGCUGCCAAGUCCUGCUGAUUUUUAAUAGGGCUUACACAUGGAAAUCCCCCAGGCAGUUUUACAGCUCUCAGUCUUGGACUUGCUUUGCAAAACCCCAGAGAGUUUUUCCAGGGGAAGAGCCCACUAAGUCACAUAGUUUUCACUGCACUUAGCCCCUUUCUCAGCAUCUGUUGCAAAGCAGACGCCCUCCAGCAAGGAACCAGGGAUGGGAUAUUGGCUACAUCUGCAAGGUUGACUUGGUCUUAAGCUGUCUCAUUGCCCAUAAGGGUGUGGAGCCAAGGGGCAGGUGGUUGCUGAUAUGUAGGGGGAUAACUAAUUUACAUUGACCCUGCUGUGAAACCCCAGGGCAGGUGGGACAUCUCUAGUUUUGAUAGGAGUUACGUAGGUUCAGUCAAUGCUGUGCUCCCUCAUCUGGUUGGCUUCUCCUAGUUUGAUGCCAAAGCUACAGGGCCUUGAUUGUACAAGGACACCUAAUGCACAUCAGUUAUACCCUGGUAAAAACUCUGCUCCCCUCCCCUGCCUUUUUUUCCCCUUAUUUUUCCAGCAAAGACAAAGCCAUGGAGUAGCUGAAGAGAAAAUCAAGUGAAAAGGGCUGUGAAUGAUAAGAGAAAAUUGGGUUCAAAGGGGAUCCUACAGCCAUUUCUCACAAGCAGUGCCGUAGUGAGUGGCCUGCCACUGUGAAGAGGGGUUGCAGGAUCACGCCUCUCCUUGCAGCACGCUGAAUGCCGUCUGCUCCAUGUAAUUCAGUGGAAGGCAGAGAGAUUCGGGCCACAAGUAUGGAGCAGCUGCAGCAGCCUUGCACCCAUGACCAGAAAAUAAGCCUCUCAGAGGCUUCUACUUUCUUCUCUUCACAUAUUUUCUACAUAAAGCUACGUACUUACUUUGCUCUUCAGGGCUGCUGACCAUAGGUCUUGCUGACCAUAGGUCCGCUUCUCGGCCUCUUGAAGGCUCAGAUCAAGUGUAGGUCUACUGUCAUACUAAGCCAAACAUGGGAGAUAACUGGCUUUUCCCUUUGUUUUUGAGACUAGAACAAAUGAUAGUGUAUUGUUAGCAUCAUCUUUGUGUAGGGGGGAAAUAGGGGAUAUUAUGGUUAAUUGUAACAUAUUACAAAGGCUCAGGGCUGUGCUGGGGAAACAAUCCUAUAUAUAUAGCUAUAUCUAUAUAUAUCUCUAUAGAUAUCUAUAUCUAUAGAUGGAUAUCUGUAGAUAUAGAUAUCUAUAGAAAUACAUAUAAAUACAUUAAGACUGUUUUGAAUUAUGUACACUGUAAAUUUGAGUAUCUGUUAAUGUAAAUAUGCAACAAAUGCAGAAUUUUAUGGAUGGUUAUAAUUUAAUAUAUUGCAAACUUUGUAAAUACUUGGCUGGGGGGGGCUGUAAAAAGUGUAAGUAACUCAGAUUUGUAUGUACAAAUAAAAAAAGAUGUUUUUAUGU